GCGACAAUCGAAGCGUUUGCGUCUCUAAUCACGCGAAGCGGUAUUUGUUCGAAUUUAACAGUGAGAAAUAAAAUGUCGAUUACAAUUCGUCCCCUGUGAAGCAGUAAAGUCUAUUUUUGUUUUUAAACUGCGCUGUUCGUAUCGUAAACUGUGAAUGUUGAAGAUGUCGGCGAAGAACGCCAGCUCGAUUCAAGUGUGCAUCAAGGUGCGUCCCUGCGAGCCAGGACUAACAUCCUUGUGGCAGGUGAAAGAGGGUCGUUCAAUUCAAUUAGUGGACAGUCACGCAGAGCCCUGCGUCUUUGAUUAUGUGUUCGAUGAAGGAGCCAACAACCAGGAGGUUUUCGACCGGAUGGCCAAACACAUUGUGCACGCCUGCAUGCAGGGCUUCAAUGGCACUAUUUUUGCCUACGGACAGACCUCAUCGGGGAAAACCUACACCAUGAUGGGUGACGGCCAAAAUCCCGGCGUGAUGGUGCUGGCCGCCAAGGAGAUCUUUCAGCAGAUCUCCAGUGAGACGGAACGCGAUUUCCUGCUGCGCGUGGGCUACAUUGAGAUAUACAACGAGAAGAUCUACGAUCUGCUGAACAAGAAGAACCAGGAUCUCAAGAUCCACGAGGCGGGCAAUGGAAUUGUGAACGUUAACUGCGAGGAGUGCAUUAUUACUAGCGAGGAUGACUUACUGAGACUCCUCUGCAUGGGCAACAAGGAGCGCACCGUGGGCGAAACAAAUAUGAACGAGCGAUCCAGUCGAUCGCACGCCAUUUUCCGCAUAAUUAUUGAAUCCCGAAAGUCUGACCCCAGCGACGACGAUGCUGUAAUACAGAGUGUGCUGAACCUAGUAGAUCUGGCUGGUUCUGAGCGGGCGGAUCAGACGGGCGCCCGAGGAGCACGACUCAAGGAAGGCGGACACAUUAACAAGAGCUUGCUCUUUCUCAGCAAUGUGAUAAAGAGCCUUUCCGAGAACGUGGACAACAAGUUCAUCAGCUUCCGCGACUCAAAGCUCACGCGCAUCCUGCAGGCUUCGCUGGGCGGCAAUGCUUUAACGUCAAUUAUCUGCACAAUCAAACCCUCGAUAAUGGAGGAGUCACAAUCUACUCUAAGCUUCGCCACGCGUGCCAAGAAGAUUCGGAUCAAGCCGCAGGUCAACGAGAUGGUCUCCGAUGCCACAAUGAUGAAGCGGCUGGAGCGUGAGAUCAAGAUGCUGAAGGACAAGCUGGCCGAGGAGGAGCGCAAGAACGAGAGCCAGUUGAAGGUGCAGGAUCUGGAGCGACGCAUCAAGCGGGACAUGCACAAGAUCAUCUCGAGCACUUCGCUGAGCGACAAUAGCAAGCAAAAGCGUCGUCGUACUUGGUGUCCCGCUGCUUCUGGCCCUGAAUUGGAAACAUCUGACAGUACUAAAAUCACGGAUGACCGUUUGGUUCCGUUUUCAAAGGCCUCUCAUUUACCAAAACCAGUGUUCUUUCCCAACUCUAAUGUCGGAAAACGAUGGGACAACAUUCCAAAGACAAUUAACAUCCUCAGAUCCCUGGAUAUUGGUACUACAGGCAGUGGAAUAAAUGAAGAAUUCCUUCCUGCGGAUUGCAUUGACUUUGGAUCCCCUCGAUUAGAUGUCCAGAAAGCCAUGUUGACCAGCAGACAACUUCCGGACUUGUCAUUGACGCCUAUCGCUAGUCAAAUGGGUCCCGCAACCUUGGAGAAGAUCAAGAAGGAGGUCCACGACCUGCAAAUGUUCACCAGCUUAGAGAAGCACUUCGAGGUGGAGUGCGAAGAGGUGCAGGGUUUGAAAGAAAAGCUGGUUGAGCUCACUGCCCAGCGGGAUCAGUUAGAGCAAGAUUCUUUAGCCGAAAAGGAGCGUUGUGAUUCACUGGAGGAGGAGGUUACCAACUUGAAGGCAGUCAACCAGGCAGCCAAUUUAAAGAUCGAAGAACAAGAGGUGCAGCUGAGUGCUUUGAAGCAAACAAUCACCAAACUGGAAGUGGAAAACCGCGAUGCUGUGAGCCUGGAGUUUGAGUUCGAAGCCCACAAGAAAUCGUCGAAAUUGCGGGUGAAUGACUUGCUGUCAGCUCUUGCUGAAAAGGAUUCGGCCAUAGAGAAACUGCAAAAGUCCCUAGACGAUUUGUCGCGGGAUGUGUUGGGUAACACCAAGGAAGAUCUCAUGAGAUCCAUGUGUCCAAAAAUACAAUCAAGUGAAGGCCAAACCUGCGAUAAGUGUGAGGAACUGGAGGAGAAACUUGCAGAUUUGGAAAGCAAAAACGAUGCCUGCGAAUGUGAUCAGUUGAGGGAGGAGCUUGUCGCCACUCGAGCCCAGAUGGAAAGCAUUCAGUCCAACUACGAGGUGUCCAAAACAGCGGUGGAUGAGUGUGAACGCCUCUCUAACCAGCUUUCCACGGCACAGAAUGACUUUGGCCUGCUGCAGGAUAGAUAUUCUACUCUGGAGCAGAAGUGCCAGGAUCAACAGCUAACCAUUGGAAACCUUCAAACAGAACACGAUGUUGUUCUGGAAAAGAAUCAAAAGUUGCAGGAGGAAUACAAAAAUCUAAAACUCACUUCAAGCGAGGAAUGCGAACGGCUGCAAGCUGAUAACACCAAAUUCCAGGCGGAGAUUAAAUCCCUUGAAGAGCGAGUGAAGGAAACCCAGACUAAGCUUGAAGAAUCAAAGAAUUCGGAAACUCUUGCUGAAGAUUUCAAAGCCAAAAAUCAAGAGUUAAAAGCCCAAAUCUCCGAAUUGGACUCCAAUUUUAAGGAGCUCCAAAAGGAAUACGAUUGCCUCUCCAAUGACUUGAUGGAAUCCGUUCAGGAGAACGACGCAUUGCGAGAGGAACUCAAGCAGCGCCCCAAUAUCUGCGACUUGGAGUCGAUGAGGAGUUCCGGAAUGGGCACCGAGUGCAGUGAACCGAAUCCCGACUGCGAGCUUCUGCAGCAGUUUGUCAGGCUUUCGGAGUCCAUUGAACAGAUCGAGCUGCACCACCAUUCCGGUGGCAGUCGCCUCUUCAGAGCCCAUCAAAUGCAACAAGGUCAGGAUGCGCCAGGCCUCAAACUUUGCCUACAUUCUGCGGAGUACAUAGAACGUGACAUGCGCGAGCAGGAAACAUCCGAUUCCGUCUGCCUGAAGGGAUUCCUCAAGCGGCACAGGUUCCAGAUCAUGCAACUCAAUCAGGAGCAGGUGGCUGUGGGCGAGGAAGCACGACUCCUUGGUAUCAUUUCUCAGCUAGAGCAGGAGAUCGAAGAGAAGAGUGCCCUGAUGGAGGCCACCGAGGCAACCAUCAACGAGAUGCGCGAACAGAUGACCAGCUUAGAGUCUGCCCUUCUGGAGAAGAGCGUCAUUGUGAACAAGGUGGAAGAUUAUCAGCGGCAGAUCGAAUCCCUGGAGAAACAAAACGCGGAGAUAACAAUGGUGUACGAAGAACUUCAGGACAAAGUUAUCAGGGAGAACUCGGUGAGGGAAACCUCGAUGAGCGAGAAUCUGCUUCAAAUUCCCGCGGCCGACGAAACUCUUUCUGCCUUUCCUGAAUAUCCUACCAAGAAGGAUUCGAAGGAGGUGGUUGCGCUUAAGGCUUCCAUUGAAGAACUAACCACCAAGGUUUGCAAUCUGAAGGCGGAAAUAGAAAGCCAGGUUAGCCAACUGCAAUUGAAGGACGGCAACAUUGCCAAGUUGCAGAGCGAAUUUGAGGAAAUGAGUGAGCGUUGUUUGUCGAUGGAGGUGAAACUCGCCGAGUUGGAAGCGGAUACCCAGCAGAAGCAGGAUCUCCUGGAUCGCCAGGCGCAGAAGCUAUCCGAAGACCUUCGCCUCAUCGACUCGCUCCAGGAGAAAAAUGCGCAGCUUGUCGAACAAAGCAUCAAAGCGGAGUCACAGGAGAAGGAAGAACCGAUCCUUUUAUCCGAGUACGAGGCACUCAAAGAAUCAUUGAAAGAAGCCAAAGAAGAACUGAGUGACAUGAAGAUGGCAAAAGAUGAUGAGAUUAAUGCCCUACAACUGGAUUUCCUGACAAAGAUUGAGGUGAGCGAGGGCGAAAACCGAGCAAAAUUCCGUGCUUACACUUUGGAAUUGAAGGAAACCAAAGAACGCUAUGAAAACCAAUUGGCUACAUUAAAGGAAGAGCUUUUGCAUUCCAGUGAGAAGCUCUCCAGUCUUAGGGAUCGUGACCAGGCGGAGUUGGAAGCACUUAAAGCCACUCACCAAGAACGAAUAACUCAGCUCGAGGAGGAAAGAAACAGUUUGAUUAACAAGCAUCAUUCUGAAUUGGAAAAUCUCAGGGAAACCUUGAGCGAAAAACAGGCUGAGGCUGAAACUCAAAAAUCAAAGAUUGAGGCUUGCACAACAGAAAUUAGCGAAUUGAAAGUCGCUCUUGAAAAGGAUAAAGAGGAGCUUGAGGAGGUCAAAAACUCUUUGGAGGAGAUGAAAGGUCAGAAGAGUGCGAUGGCAGACAGAAUUACUGUGUUGGAGGAAACAAAAGCUGAGCAGGACUUGGCUUUGAAUAAGUUGCAAAUGGAGAAAACUCAACUGGAGGAGCAGCUGCAACUGCUGAAAAACUUGGAGAAACAAGCAAACAAUGAGCGACUGGAUUCGCUGAUGGCCUCGGCGAACGAGAAGAUCCAUAAGUUGCAGAAAGAUUGUAAGCAGCACGUUCUGGAAUUGGAACAACUUAAACAGGAAAAGAUGUCCCUGCAGUCCGAGAUUCAGGAUGCCAAUGCCCAGCACUUGAGCACGCUGAACAAAUUGGAGGAACUUGAAACGCAAAUUGAUGUUCAAAAGAAACUAAUGGCUGUGGACAAACUUGAAUUAAAGGAAAAGAACCAGACUUUGACCGACAAAAUAAAUGAUCUCACAGCAGCACUGCACGAAGCUGAACUCAAAUCCGUCGCUCUUAAAGAUCUGACUUCCCAGGAAGAUCGGCUGAAGCGUUCUCUUUCGGAGGCAAAGGAAUUGUCUGCUAAUUUGGAGCAGAAGGUGAACGAACUGAAUUCGGAGCUGCUGUCAUCCCGGAAUGCGAUCUCCAGUCAAAGCAUAGAAAUCGAACAGCUUCGCAUGGAACUGACGAACGCAUUGGAUGCAAAGACUUCGGCAAGCACAGAGCAAUUGAUACUUGUAAAUCAACUCAAAGAAGUCGAGGAGAAGUUGAACGUCCAGGGGGAUAAGUUCGACCGCGAUGUGGUUGAACUCAAGGGCUCAUGUGAGGAGUUGCGGUUGAAGCUGCGGUCCGUUCAAGAAGUAAAUGGUAAACUUGCGAUUGCAAAUGACGAGCUUGUUGCUAAGCUGAAAAAUUCUAAGAAUCUAAAACAAAAUUUGGAAGAGGAGCAACAGCUGUGUGCCUCACUAAAAGAAAAUCUCGCCAAGCUGGAGAAAUCAAAAAGUCACCUCGAGGAGCAGAUUCAAUCCAGGGUGGGCGAAGUCGAUAAAAUUACCAAGGAGCUGAAUCAUGAAUUGGAUUCUAGCCGCAACACAGUUGCAAAACUCACCAUGGAGUGCGGAAAUCUGCGUUCCGAUCUGGAAACCAAAUGCAAUGAUUUCAAGAGAGAAAAGGAAACGCUAAACAUGACUAUUUCCGAUCUGCAAAAAAACAAAAAGCAGCUGGAAGAAAAGCUAGCCAAUUUGAAGGAGAAAGAAGAAUCCAAUUCUCGAGUCAUGGCUCAGUUGGCAUCCAAUGAGGCAGCAAUGGCAUCUCUGCGAGAAACUUUGACCAAGAAUGAGAAAACAUUGGAAGCUGCUAAUAAUAAAAAUCGGGAAAUGGGUCAAAAGGUCGAUGAACUCACAAGUGAAUGCAAUAAGCUUCGAUCCGAUCUGCAAUCUAAAGAGGCGACUUUCCAAACAGAGAAGAUGCGACUGGACAACACGAUUUCUAAAUUAAAGGAAGAGAAGCGCAGUCUGGAGGAAAAGUUGACUAAAUUUGAGGAACUUUCAAAGGAUAGCGAGCAGCUACGAUUAACACUGAAAUCCAAGGAAGCCGGUUUUCGAACAGAAAAGGAUCGCAUGGAUGGUACUAUUUCAAGUUUAUUAGAAGAUAAGCGAAACCUGGAGGAAAAAUUGUGCGAGAUCAGCGACAUUGUGGCCAAGCUUGAGUCGGAAUUGACAACUUUGCAAGGGUUAAAAGGCAAUGGAUCCUUUGAGUCAAGUGCCUCCAAUGGCUCGCCACUUCCAGGGAAUCCGCGAAAAAGUCUGGAUCACAAUCAUGGACCAAGGAAAUCAAUAAGUUCUGACACCGAAAUACGAAGGAAUCGACGAAUCAGCGUUCACGAUGAGCGCAGAAAGUCGUACUGGAACGAUGUCCGCGAAUUUGGCACCAUGACUGAUCCCGUGGACAACAAUUGCCAGUGCACAGAGCUAAACAACAAGCUUCAGGAAUGCCAGCGUGAACUCUUCAUCCGUGAAAGCCAAGUGACGGCGUUGAAUAUGGAGCUAAAGCACCAUCCUCUAAAGGAUGAGAAUGCGCAACUGAAGAAGCGAAUUCAGGAGGAGCAAGAGAAAGCGCGCUUCGAACAGAAACGGCUUAAAACAAAGCUUCAGGAUCUCAAUGCCAAGAUCCAUGAUCUCACUAAUGCAAAAUCAGUUUCCGGUCAAGUAGAACAAGCUACAAAGAGUAUUAAACCCGCCUUGGUCACGUCGGAAACUCAGACAGAAUCCACUUUGGAGGAAAUCCUGGAGAAAACCAACGGAAAGUACCAGGAUGCUCUUCGCUUGUUGCGCUCCCGCUACAAUCUCAUAAGAGAACUGGAAGAUAAGCUGAAGCAAAACGAAAACGACGACACCUCGAACAUCACCUCAUUGACGGCUGGUCAAAACAGUGCCCUCAAGGCUCAAUGUGAAAUCCAGAAGAAAGAACUGGCCGCUGUCAAAAAUAAGUACGAGUCGGCAAAACGUGUUCUAAUGAUGCGGAAAGAUGAGAUGGAUGUUUUGCGAGAAAGACUCGCCAAAUACGAACCAGUUACAGCAGCUAAAUAAGUCACUAGAUUAACAUUCUCUUUUUAAGUGUACAUAUUUCGGUUUUAUGUUUCGCUCUUUGGAAUCGGCUUUAAGACAAACACAUUAAUGAAACGCACAGUUCUUAAUAUCAGUCGGUAAUCCGCUUCCAAUAUGUUGUACUUACGCACGUCCUCUGUAUAUUUUUUAAAUAACUUUAAAUAUUAAAAUAAAUAUAAUAUAAAACCGAUUUGGAAUCGAUCACCGCAAAUAGAGAAAAACACAGAUUGUCUUCAUAACGCGGCUUUAUUGUAAUGUCAAUAAAUAUUUAUAUAACUUUCUAAGCA